UAACCACGCCCAUUUUACAUGUCGCAUGGUAAUGACGUCAACAGACCCGCGUGUGUUCGCAGGACAGGAGACAGGCAGCGAGUGGCUGGAGGAAGUUCUGCGGACUUGUGUUGUUUACAUUGGGGAUGAGCCCUGCGAAUUAAUAGAACCGUAACCAGAUUGCACCCAAAAAGGCAUUUGAUUUCCAAAGUUAUCAUCAGCAGAAGCAAUGGCAAAAAGCAAAGGGAAGGGGCCAAAACAAAAGAAUGUAUUCCACGUGGCAAAUAGUAAAUGCAUGAAAGCCAAAAACAAAGCAAAGCCAGUGAAGACAAGUCUAAAGAAGAUAAAUGUUUGUACCAGCGAGAAGGUGAUCACUAUUAACAAGGUAUUUACAGAGAUCGAAAAGGAGGUCGUACAAGCAAAACAGAAUGUCCCCUCAAACCAGAUAAAGAAAAAACAGAAACCCAGUGUAACACAGGAAGCCCCUCCAGAUGUAGACCAGGCUGCAGACUUGUUUUCACACUUGUAACACUAUAAAUGAUUAAACUAAAAUCAAAACAA